CAAUAAAAAAAAUAUUGCAUGAGCGGUUAAGAUAUUCGAUUUAAACACACGAUGUCUCUCAUCUCUCUCUCUUCUCUCUCGUUGUUGUGAUAUAUAAUCUAAGGUUUCUAAAUCUCAACUUUUGUUGUCUCCUUAAAAUUUUCUCAGAAACAUCUCUCCGUCAUUUGUUCCUUAGUUUUGUAAUCAAUCUUCACGACUCCUCAGGCACUGUACUGGGAAUAUCUCUGUCUUUUCCUUUCUCCUUCAUUUCCUCUCUCACUCUUUCAAAAAUCCAGUAAUUAUUUUAGGUCAUCUUUGUUUUUUUUUUUUUUGGGAAAUUUUAAAAUUGUUAUGAAUAUUUCAGGUACCUCAUUGAAGGUCAUAUGAGAACAGGAACGGAGUUCUCCAACGAUCGGAGUUAUUGUUUCUUGAGAGGGAAUGGCUUCAACACCUUGUGCGGCAUGCAAGCUCUUGAGGCGCAAAUGCACUCAAGAAUGUGUGUUUGCGCCGUAUUUUCCACCAACUAAUCCUCAAAAGUUUAUAUGUGUUCACCGAGUCUUUGGAGCAAGCAAUGUAACAAAGAUCCUUAACGAUCUCCACCCUGACCAACGUGAAGAAACUGUUAAUUCUCUCUUCUAUGAAGCCGAGGCGCGUAUACGUGACCCAAUCUACGGAUGCGUUGGACUCAUAUCCUUCUUACAACAAUACCUCAAGAAAGUCCAACAGGAUCUUGUCACUGCUAAAGAAGAGCUUUCUGGUUACAUGGGACCUGAUGCUGUGAUUCCGCCGCCUUACCUUCCUCCUCUAGGUAACAAUCCUCCACCCAAUUUCAUGAUGUCUAUGGAAGGAAUGCCACUUGGAGUGAUCCCUCAAGGAGAACCCUUGAUGAUACGUGAACCAAACUUGUCUCAGCAACAUCAACCGCAAGAUGAGCAGUUGCAAUUCAUGGCAUCUGAUGCACAGAGAAUGGCUGCAAUGAUGAUGGAGAGAGGAGACCAACAAGGGAUGUUCAAUGGUUACGGAAUUGGCAACAAUGGGUCGGUUACAGCCACGGGUUAUAACCAAAUGGAUGUGAAUGAUCACGGUGCUGGUGGGUCGUUGUCUGGACCAUCUCUUGCUUUAGGAAGCUUUGGUGAUCCUUAUCAGAUGGGUCAAGAGGCAGACCAUGGUCAUAUCAACCAUGAUCAACUUCAGACACAACUCAUGCUUCAGCCUCCAUUACAAGAAGGUCAAGAGCAAACAGAGGAAGGACAGUUUCUGAUGCAACCAAUGGGACAAGAGAAUCUCCAUGAAGAAGAGGAGGAGGGAGAGCUUGAACCACCGGUUAAAUGGAGGAAAUCUGAGAACAAGGAAGCUAGUUUUUAAGAGGCAAUUGCAA